GAAGCUGUCCUAGGACAUGCGGAAAGGAAAGAGCGAAUGACCCUGUGCAGGGGGCAAAAUAGAGGUGGGAUGAUACGAGAUCAGUGAUCUGAAGCCUGGUGAGAAAAAGAGAUCUCGGGAUAGAAAGGGUGCAGAAGUAGGUUGAGCCCUGGUCAUUGGCGGAGGGAGGAAAGAAAUGCAUUUAAAGGGACCCUAAGGCCCAGAAUAAGGUAGACAUUUAAAGGGACAGGUGAUCCGAAGAGAAGAGACAUUUAAAGGUGCAGAUAUACCCAAGAUAGGGCAAAUUUUAAACCUGCUCGGCAGACGGAGAUAUCUAAAGUGGUUCCCUCAACCCCGGAACUCAGGGUAUGGCCUCCUGCAUCCUGUAGACCUGGCGGCCUCUCAGUACAUACGGCCCCAAUUUGGGGUUCUGAGUGGCUACUGGAAAGCCUUGCAAAAGAGCACAGAGGGCAGGACCAUGGCAUCUAGGGCCUCUGAACUGCCCCCAGGAUCAGGGCGCAGCGUGACAGCAGGCAUCAUCAUUGUUGGAGAUGAGAUCCUUAAGGGACACACGCAAGAUACCAACACUUACUUUCUUUGCCGGACCCUGCGCUCCCUGGGGGUCCAGGUUUGCCGAGUCUCUGUUGUGCCUGAUGAAGUAGCCACCAUUGCAUCCGAGGUCAACUCAUUCUCCAGGCGCUUCACUCACGUCCUCACCGCGGGGGGCAUCGGCCCCACUCAUGAUGAUGUUACCUUUGAGGCAGUGGCACAGGCUUUUGGGGAGGAGCUCAAACCACACCCUGAGCUCCAAGCAGCCAUCAAAACCCUAGGAGGGGAGGGUUGGGAGAAGCUGUCGAUGGUGCCCUCCUCUGCCCGCCUGCAUUACGGUACAGAUCCUCGAACCGGCCACCCCUUCAGAUUCCCGCUGGUCUCUGUCCGAAAUGUCUACCUCUUCCCAGGAAUUCCGGAGCUUCUGCGACGAGUUUUGGAGGGACUGAAAGGGCUGUUCCAAAACACAGCUGUGCAGUUCCACCUGAAGGAGUUGUAUGUGGCCGCGUCAGAGGGCUCUAUCGCCCCCAUCCUGUCGGAGGCUCAGGCCCACUUUGGGCGUAGGCUUAGCCUGGGUUCCUACCCUGACUGGAGCAGCAACUACUUUCAAGUGAAGCUGAUUCUAGACUCCGAGGAAAAAGAGCCCUUGGAGGAAUGUCUGGCCUAUCUGACUGCACGUCUGCCCCAAGGAUCACUGGUCCCCUACCAGCCCGAUGCUGUUGAGAAGGCUGGUGAGGCUGUGUACAAACUCGCGGAGUCAGGCUCUUGUCUGGGGAAGAAGGUAGCAGGUGCCCUACAGACCAUCGAGACUGCCCUGGCUCAGUACCAUCUCUCCCAGCUCUGCGUGGGCUUCAAUGGGGGCAAGGACUGCACCGCACUCCUGCACCUCUUCCAUGCAGCCGUGCAGAGAAAAUUUCCUGAUGUUCCAAAACCUCUCCAGAUCCUGUACAUUCGUAGCAUCUCGCCCUUCCCUGAGUUGGAACAGUUUCUGCAGGACACCAUCAAGAGGUAUAAUCUCCAGGUGUUAGAAGCCGAGGGUAACAUGAAGCAGGCCCUGGGUGAGCUUCAGGAAAAGCACCCCCAGCUGGAGGCUGUCCUGAUGGGCACUCGACGGACUGACCCCUACUCCUGUAGCCUCAGCCAUUUCAGUCCCACCGACCCUGGCUGGCCUUCAUUCAUGAGAAUCAACCCGCUGCUGGACUGGACCUACAGAAACAUCUGGGAGUUUCUGCGGCAGCUGUUUGUCCCAUACUGCAUCCUAUAUGACAGAGGGUACACAUCCCUGGGGAGUCGGGAAAACACAACGCAGAAUCCGGCCCUGAAGUGCCUGAGCCCAGGAGGACACCCUGUCUACCGUCCAGCAUACCUACUGGAGAAUGAGGAUGAGGAGAGAAAUUCCAGAAUGUGAUCUCACACAAGCUGGGGACAAGACAGAGGGAAGGGGGCUGGCCUGGGCUACCUGUCAUGUCAGUAAAGUGUACCUCACACCCCAUUGUUGGUGCCUGUUGCUCUGGCUGUGCCUUCCUGGUCCGAGGUCAAGGGAGGCUGACAGAUCUGAACUGGCAGUGCUCCCUCGGGGGUCCAGGAGUAACAUAGAACAUACUAGAAAGGAGCUGCUCCAGAUGGGUCUCAGUGUCAACCACAGCCAGAGCCCACCAAAGGAGAGGAGGCAACCAGGCAGAGCACUGCCUGCAUGGACGGGAAGUUGAGCUUUCCUGGCUGUGGAGGACAGAGGAUGGAGCAGCCAAGCCCGCCUGCCCGCCCUAACCACCAUUCCUGUCUGAAAGGCUGAGUCAGCCUGCUCAGAGGCCCAGAACCUUCUUUUGCUAGACCCUAGAGCCUUUGUUUUUAGUCAUGAGGCCUGAAGGGGUGGGGACAGUGAAUAAAAGGUCCCAAAGGCA